AUGGGUCAAGGGGAAUCGGCAUCAUCCCGUUCUGAAGGACAUCAGCCAACAUUAUUACCAUCAGAUUGGCGUUAUACUAUUGAAAAUUUAGCAGUUGAACGUCGAUUAAUAACGAUUAAUAAAGAUCAAUAUAGAUUUGGUCAUGAACUUGGUUCCGGUGCGUUUGGUGCUGUCUAUUCAGCUCGUAAUGUUCCAGCCAAUAAACAAGUAGCUAUUAAAGUUGUAUCAUUGGUCACAUUUAGUAGUCGAGAAGCAGAAAUGCUUGCUCAAUCGAUUCUUACAGAAAUUGAAAUGUCAAAACGUUUAGCACGAGCAUCGAGUCAUGUAGUUAAUAUGUAUGAUUUUGAUUUUCAUCGACAAAGUGGUCUUGCUUUUCUUGUCAUGGAAUUAGGUGAAAAAGAUUUAGAAAAAACUCUCAAAGAACGACAACGUAUUCCAGCUGUGGAAAGAAAAGAAUUAUGGAGACAAUUUGUUAAUAUUGCAAUGGCUCUUCAUAAUCAUAAAAUUGUACACCUUGAUAUUAAACCUCAAAAUCUAGUUGUAUUUCCUGGUAAUAGAGUCAAAUUAGUUGAUCUUGGUAUUGCUCAAAAAGCAUAUAAACAUAGAGUUGGAAGUAAUGGUACAUGGUUAUAUUCAGCACCUGAAGUGGCGAACGUUCCAAGAAAUCAUACGAUGUUGAAUACAUCAAAAGCAGAUGUUUGGUCAUGGGGUGCCGUUCUUUAUCGUAUAACUUAUUUAGUACCACCUCGUUAUGUACAUCCAUCUCAUCAUCCACCAAAAAAUGUACCUCCAUCUCGAGAUGCCAAUCUUGUUGAUGUACUUCGACAUACACUUGUUCUUGAUCCAAGAGAAAGAGCAGAUCCUAUAUGGCUUUCACGACACCCAUAUACAACAACAUCAUCAGCGUGA